AUGGACUCAUCGAUGGCCCCCGGGCGUCUAGGAACGUACAAGACGUACAAGCUCGACCAGGCGCAGUUUCAGAAGUGGCUCAAGCAAGCCUUCGACAAGCUUCCAAUUGCAGCGAAGGGAAGUCGGUCCAUCGGAAACAGCAGAAAGCUUUCCUGGAAGGAUUGGGAGCACAUGGGCGAUGUCUCCUACACCGCCAAAGCAGAUAGGAUGCCUCCCAGCGAGGAGAUGCAGCGGAAGAACGAGGCACACGAACAUCCUAUACGAAUCCUGGAGGAGAUACUGCGCAAUUUUGAGGACAAGACCCGCGCGACGCCCGAUACCAAUUCCAGCCCAGAUGCCCAGCUGCCUAUGCAUGAACCGAACAACAUGUUCGAACAUCUAAAACGCGAGGGAUCACCUGAUGCAAAAUCAGACGGGGACGAGCAGGAUACCGGCAUUCCUGAUGGAGUGGUGGCCCCCAAGCCAACCAAGAAGACUGGCACAGGGAAAAAGAAGAACAAGGUACAGAAAGAUCAGUCUGCCGAUAAGAAAUUUCCGGAUACCAACUGGGUCGAUGACUUCAAAUUUGUGGAUGAAGACGACGCCACCGAUGAGAUCGACACCUAUAUAUUCAUAUAUUGUUUCUUCCAGGAUUUCAACCUCAUCCGGUCCUACGUCGGGGAACGGUGGCGCGAUUGGUUCUACGAAAAGAGCGUCGAGAUCGAUACGCUGGCUGUAGUAACAAACGCCGCCUGCGAAAUAUUCCACGAAAUGGAGCAGGAAUUGAAAACCGCUUUCAAAAAUGAACCCGAUCUGGAGCUCGCGGACUACCCGGCCAUGUUGAAGACCUUGCUCCUUGAUGGUGAUCGCGAGCACGUCGACAACAGCGAGUUUUCUGAUUUGACGGACAAGGAGUUGGAGUACAAGAUCUGGCAUGGAGUGGACUGGCUGGGGUUCGAUGUGUUCCUCAUCGUGCAUGGGAUCCUGGCAAAGGUGCCCCCGGGGAAAAUAUAUACGUCUCCGCCCUCGGCUAAAACAUGUCCUACAUACGGACUAUUGGAGUCCAAGGGCAUGUGGAGUUUCAUGAAGAACGUGGUAUACGAAGUCUUCCCCGACUGCUGCAUCACCUAG